AUGUAUGAACAACAACAUUUGUAUCUUUUAGGUGACUUGAAGAGUGUUAAUUGGCAUGUAUUCCCUUCGAAUCGUGUGAUUAACCUGCUAGAUUCGAAUGCUCCUUCCAACUAUGACUCGGAUGCAGAGACGUUUCACAAAAUUACUGGUGAUUCCGCCUAUCAAAUCAAAAUACCACUUCCACUCGGUAUUACCAUUAGAAAAGUCAUCUCAGGUCGACAUCACACUCAUAUCAUUACUGAAGAAGGAAGAGUUUUAAGCUUUGGAAGUAAUGCACAUGGUGAGCUCUGCAUUGGUAAAAUAGGACCCCUGAGUAUUGGUCACGACUCUUGUGUGAAAGGUCUUGUUCAAGCAAGAGGUAAAAUCAAUCAAUUCCGAGUGGUGGAUGGUGCAGGUGGAGGAUAUCAUAGCAUCUUUCUCACGUCAGAUCAUCGAGUUUUUGCAGUGGGACUCAACUCUUCUCAUCAAUGUGGAUUGAAUCCAAGUGCUGCCAAGACGAUGACUCAUCGUUCAUCAGAGGAUCACAAUGAUGAUACCACUUCUAGUACAACCAUGGAUGAAUUGUUUGGCGAAGAAGAAGAAGAAGCAAGAAACACUUGUAUUACAACACCUCGUGAGAUACCUCCAGAACAUUUCGAUCAUCAUCAAGUGGUGCGAGUAGGGGCCAGUAAUUCUCAUAGUGUAUUUCUGACCAAAUCACAUUUGGUUUAUGUUGCUGGAUCCAACAGUAAUGGAAGUUGUGGUGGAGUGGUUACAACCGAUCGACCUCUCUUAUUGAAAUUUCCAUUUGGAUUUGAUCCUAUUGAGGUAUCAUGUGGUUACGAUGAUACGACCAUUCUAAGUGCACAGGGAAGAGCUUUUGGAUGUGGAUGUAGUAGUUUGGGAUCUGUUUAUUGUGAUACCGUUCAUGGAGCAUAUACAUUAAAAUCACUCUAUGGAGGGAAGAAUAAUGUAGCUCGGAUUAGCAGUGGAUACUUUUGUGAGGCCUAUCUGACCUCGGAUGGAGCAUUAAGGAAUGCAAGUGGUAGUAUUGAGAUUCAUGUUUCAAAAAAGAAUCAUGCACCAACUAUGGCUGACUCUUCUUUACAAACAUUCAUUGCAGGAGAUUACGCUCUUUACAUUACUAAUGAAUAUAAUGAAAAGAGAAAAACAUUUGGAAAGAUUUGUAAAUUGUCAGACUCUACAGACAUAACUGGAAUUUUUAGUAUUGAAGAUUUGAGUUUGAGUGUUGGAGCUGCAAGUCAACGUAAUUGUUUUAUCAUUUAUCAAUAUCGAGAUGAAGAUUCUUUUUGGAAUGUUUCGAAACAUUUCAUAUUCUUGAACAAGCUGUUGGCUCAUGAGAGAAAACCUUUGAGUGAUAUUGAGAUUUUUGUUGAGGACAUUGUGUACUAA